AUGGAUUACUCAAGAAACAAUUUCAACUCUAGUAUACCAAAUGAAAUUGGAGAUUUCAUAUAUGCUAGGUCUUACCUUUCGCUCUCAAGCAAUAACUUACAUGGGCCCAUUCCAAAAUCAAUAUGCAAUGCAAGUGGCUUAAUUCUUGAUUUGUCUAAUAAUUCUUUGAGUGGAAACAUCCCUCAAUGCUUAGCUGAAGACGUUCCACUUCAAUCAAGGGUUGAGAGCACAGACGAGCUUACUCAAGCAGUUGAGCAUUCAGUCAUUGAGUUGAGCAGAAACAAGCUUACUGGAUCCAUCCCAAAUAAUUUUCAGAAAGCUUGUGGUUUAGAAACUCUUGACCUCAGCAAAAAUCAGAUACAAGGACAGUUUCCGAAAUCACUCGUCAACUGCUCAAAGUUAGAGGUGCUAAACCUUGGAAAUAAUUACAUAACAGAUAAUUUUCCUUGUGUUUUGAGGAGCGUAUCCACCUUGCGUGUCCUUGUUUUACGAUCCAACAAGUUUUAUGGAAGCAUUGGAUGUCCCAACGUCAAUGACACUUGGUAUGUGCUUCAAGUAAUUGAUUUGGCUCAUAACAGCUUUAGUGGUGAUAUGGCUGGAAGAAUGUUUCUUGCAUGGCGAGCUAUGAUCACUAGACACGAUUCUCCAUUUAAUCUUGAAUAUGCUUUUAAGUCGAGAUACUAUGGACCUUUGAUCCCAUCAUUUACUGGUCUAUACAAUCUUGAAUCAAUGCUUAUCAGUCUUGAUGCUCGUUAUAAAGAUACUAUAACAACUAUCAUCAAAGGGCUAGAGUUUCAUCUGGUAAAGAUUCCAAGCAUAUUCACCUUGGUUGAUUUCUCCUACAACAAAUUCAACGGAUUAAUACCAGAGGAAAUCGGAGAGUUGAAAUCACUAUAUGCCCUCAACUUAUCAGGUAAUGCUCUCACAGGAAGAAUCCCAUCAUCAUUUGGUCGGAUGCAACAACUGGAGUCCUUAGAUCUCUCAAACAACCAAUUUAGCGGCAAAAUUCCACAACAGAUGGUAAAUCUCACAUUCCUUGCUGUCUUGGAUCUCUCAAAUAAUAAAUUGGUUGGGAGAAUCCCCACCGGUACUCAGUUUUCAACAUUCCCAAAUACCUCAUUCGAAGGUAACAAAGCAUUAUGGGGGCCUCCUUUAAUAGUAGAUGCAUUAUUGUCGCCACCAACUUCUAAUGGAAGCUCAAGUGAUCAUCUGAAUUCUGGAGAUGAGAUUGAUUGGGAUAUUAUAAGUGUUGAAAUUGGAUUUACAUGUGGGUUUGGAAUUGCCAUUGCGUCACUUCUGUUCUGCGAAAGAUGGAGGAAAUGGUAUUACGAAGCUAUGCGUAGUCUUCUUUUCAAGAUAUUCCCUUGGUUGGAGCACAAAUUUGGUAUUCAUAGAAGACAUUGA